UUUAACUAACGUCAAAAGUUUAAAAUUUGUGUGCGAAUAUUUUACGAAAUAAUUUAAAUUAUAAUAGUUAUUAAAUCCCUAACUAGCUAUAAAUUUAUAUAGAUAAUUAUAUUAUUGUGCGCUUUUAAUAUAGAAUAAAUCAAAAUCCUUAUGAAUUGUGAAAGUUCAUAGUAAAAUAUAUAAGGAAUGUCUGAAGCUAACGCAAAUCAGCUUAUAAGCAAUGAGGAGACUGUCACAGCUGAGCCAAAACCUGAGCCAUUGACGGCCGCUCAACGCGCACGCUCCGAGCGACAGCGACUAAAGGCUCGCGCGCUACGGGACGCGCGACUCAUACAGCGCCCAACCUCGUGCCGUGAAGGAUUGACAGCACCCACUGUAAAUGCACUGGACUCUGGCGGCGGAUUCUUGCUGGAAGAGGAGGAUGAGGCACCAGCACCAAAGCUUGCAGCGCGCCCAGCACCCAUCGUGCACGCCACAGAGCAGCCACGCUGCGUCACUUGCGAACGCCUUUUCCCGCAAUCAUUCCUGUUCGACAACUUUGAUCACCCUGUAUGUGAUGAAUGCAGGGAUAACGGCGAUGAGCACGCGUUGAUGACGCGUACGGAAGCAAAGAACGAGUUCCUGUUGAAGGACUGCGAUCUGGACUCCCGGCCGCCACCGCUACGUUACUUGCGGCGCCGCAAUCCACACAGCUCUCGUUACGGUGACAUGCGGCUAUACUUGCGCGCGCAGGUAGAGGCACGUGCUCUCCUGGUGUGGGGCUCGGAGGAUGAACUGGCUGCUGAGCGCGAGCGGCGUGAGGAAGCCCGCUCGCGUACGCGUUUGCAACGCGACCAUAAGCGGUUGCGUGCACUGAGGCUGGAUGUGCGCUCGAGCCUGUACGACCGGCAGCGCGGCGUGCACACACAUGAGUUCGGCGCGGAGAGCUACGACGAGGCGGCCGACCAGUACUCGCGCACCUGUGCCACGUGCGGACACAUCGAGACCUAUGAGAAGAUGUAGCCAAACAAAUCUGCCCUUGUAUGUGUCAAGUCAGGAACUAGACAGUUGCAUGUUUACAAACUCAUUAUGUGAUAAUCUUCAAUAUACUACCUCUACUGAAUUAUUUAUAAGUUAAAACUCAAUCAAAUAAAAUUUCAUACAUUAA